UGCGAAACCCUCCCUUGUGCGGGAGUCAGGUGGACGGCGGUGACUCGGGUGGUGGCCGGCAGGUGAUGUCGGAGAGCUUGGAGGUGGAGGAGCUGCUGGCUGGUACCUCGCCACCGGGUAGCGAAGGGGAGCCGUCCGGACUAGGAUGGCUAUUUGUUGGGGAGUUGCUGCUAACCGCGGCUCUUGUGCUUCUGGUGCUCUACGGGGCCUUCCGAAUCUACCAGCGCUGGAAAGGGUCGGGGUCGGGCGCAGCCACUUCUUUGCCGCGUAUGAAACGCAGAGACUUCGCCCUGCAACAACUGCGAGAGUACGACGGGACGCACAACCCCAGGAUCCUACUGGCUGUCAAUGGGAAAGUGUUUGACGUGACCCAGGGAAGCAAAUUCUAUGGGCCUGAUGGCCCGUAUGGAUUAUUUGCUGGUAGAGAUGCUUCCAGGGGACUAGCAACGUUUUGCCUCGAUAAAGAGGCGCUCCGAGAUGAAUAUGAUGACCUGUCCGACUUAAACGCUGUACAGAUGGAAAGUGUUCGGGAAUGGGAAAUGCAGUUUAAAGAAAAGUAUGAAUAUGUUGGUCGACUGCUUAAACCAGGGGAAGAGCCCUCUGAAUAUACAGAUGAAGAAGAUGUCAGAGACCACACAAAGCAGGACUGAACUUUUAACAGCCAAAGUCCGGGGCUGUUCAGGAACUGCAUUCUCUUUCCCGUCCUAUAACGAGGAGGUUUUGUGCUCCACAAUAUUCGCCACAGUUUGUACAGGGAAAUGAGAAUUUAACGUGAUAAACCGCAAAAGAAGAUUUUAAUACUAGGCAUUAUGAUCUUCACUGCCAAGCAUUUUUCUUCCCCCUCCAAAACGUUGAUCUUUCUGUGACCGAACGUAAUUAAUGAAACAGGAUUCAGGAAAUCGAUCUUGUGAAAUGUGCGUUGUUACAUAUUUUAUUAGUACUCUAACUGGCAGUUGUGGAGCAGCUCCACUUUGGCUUUAUAAGGAACCACCCAUGAUUCUGCCAAAUGGGCAGUUCACAGAUCAGAAAGGGUAUGGGAAAGUAUACAUUUUUUUUAUGUGGUAUUUGUUUCAGACUUUUGAAAACCUGUUUUUUUUCCAUAAAUACAUUUAUCAGUCUGCACUACUUUAAA